CGGAGUAAAGAGACGCGAUGACGGGAUUAGAAGAUAAUCCAAUCUUUGCUCUUGUAUUUUUUUUUUUUGUGUGUUUUUUUGGGAGGGGAUUUAAAAAACACGAACAAUCAAUGAGUCAGUCUGCUCCAGAGGGACUGACACAAUGGGAAGAGUUGUGUGUGUGGCGUCUCUGCUGGUCCUCAGCUCGGUCUGGAUGGUCCAGACGGUCCCUGUGCUCCUGGAACCUUUUAUCCCCACAAAGGAGAACUUUGAUCUGGAUCAGUUCAUGGGGAGGUGGAAUGAGGUGGCAGUAGUUUCUACUUGUCCUCACUACAUGCAGCGUAAGAGGAGAAACCCCAUCAUUGUUGCCCUGGAGCUGCAACAUGGGGCCUCUGAUGGCAACUUCACAAUGACAGCCACUGGUUUCAGGAAUGGCUCGUGUCACCAGACGUCCACUGAUUACCGUUUGACCAACACUACGGGGCGAUUCUUCCAUCAUGUUGCCAGGUUCAGGGCAGAUGUUGAUUCCUUCGUGGUUCAUUACAAACAUGACGAGUAUGCAGUGAUUCGUCUGCUAAGCAUAGAGCAACCAUCGGGAAAUAAAACAACCACAUUCAAGCUUUACAGUCGAAGUAUGAGUGUUGGGGCCGCUGUGCUGGAUGACUUCAAAGCGCUGGUCAGACAACACGGUGUGAGCGAUGUCGCCAUCAUCAUGAAUCGGAACAAAGGUGACACACUACUGACGGCACCAGGUGUGUGUGUUCCAGGAGGAGGUAAAUAAAUACGGCACCACUUGAGUUUCCUGCACAUGUGGAGGACCAUUGGAAUGUUUGACCAGGAUAAACGAUUGGGGAUUAAUGGAAGAGGACAAGGAUCAUCAUCACCAUCAUCAUCAUCAUCACAAACCACACUAUUAUGUUGUGACAUCACACUUUCCUCAUUAGAUACAAAUGUCAGUGCAGUCUUCCUUUAAUGAAUAAAACAGUAUACUCUUUCUCUCGCUCGUCUUUGUUAGUCUUUGUUUUAAUGAUUUAUGGAGGGAACUCUGUUGUGGGUCCCGUAAGAGUCAUUAUGAUUUGUGUCAGGAUCUGAUUGGUGGGCGGGUCAUCCUAUAUAUGGUAGGAACCUUUGGGGGCUCGGGAGGUGUUUGCAGCCGGGAUAGGAAAAACAGUUUUUGAACGCACGCUGGGUAGUGUCAUGUAACGCUAUGGUAAACGUGUGACAGGAGUAAAGUUGGCAAAUAAAUGGACUCGUUUUCAACAACA